CAGAAUGCACAAUGCUAGCCAGCAAGUACAGGGCCACCUCCUGAACAUGGAACCUGGAGGGAGGGGCUUGCCCUCACACUGGGAUCUCAGAAGUUUGCACAACUUGGUGCAAGUGUUCCAUUAAGAACCUCAGCAUGCAUUUCUGGGAAAACGGACCAAAGUACCUUUCAAAACCUGCAUCCUCAGAGGAUAUAUUUCCUGUUCUGGAACAGUCUGCUGCCUCUUGUCUUUCCCUACAGACCUUUGCAGAGCCUAAAUGAGAAGACGGCUUUCAGCCUAAAGUACCUGCCAAGAUGUUUCCUUUGCGAAGUCCACAGAUGCUGCAGAUGCUAGAGAAGUCCUUAAAGAAGGGCCUCCCUGAGUCCCUAAAGGUCUACGGGACUGUCUUCCACAUCAACCAGGGGAACCCCUUCAAGUUAAAGGCGCUGGUGGACAAAUGGCCAGAUUUUAAUACAGUAGUCGUGCGCCCUCAGGAGCAGGAGAUGACAGAUGACCUUGAUCACUACACCAACACCUACCAAAUCUAUUCUAAGGAUCUCAAGAGCUGUCAAGAAUCCCUUGCCUUAUCAGAUGUCAUCAAUUGGAAACAACAUUUGCAGAUCCAAAGUUCACAGUCCAGCUUGGAUGAGGUGAUACAAAGUCUUGCAGCUGCUAAAUCAGUCCAGGUCAAGAAAACACAAUGCAUUCUCUACAUGAUGCCUCAGACAGCAAAGAAACUGGUGCCUUUCCUGCUGGAUACAAAGAACUUACGUUCUGAAUCCAGGGCACCCCGGGUCAUUAACCAAGAGAUGUUUAAAGUCUCAUCGCUGGACGUGACCCAUGCUGCCUUGGUGAAUAAAUUCUGGCAUUUUGGUGGCAAUGAGAGAAGCCAGAGGUUCAUCGAGCGCUGUAUCCGGACCUUCCCCAGCUCCUGUCUUUUGGGACCUGAAGGGACGCCUGUGUCAUGGGCCCUGAUGGACCAGACUGGAGAGCUGCGAAUGGGGGGCACUGUGCCUGAGUACCGGGGACAAGGCCUCAUCUCCUAUAUUACUCAAGUCCACGUCCAGGUUCAAGAGAAGCUUGGCUUCCCCACUUAUAACCAUACAGACAGAGCCAACAAAAUCAUACAGAAACUGAGUCAAAAUCUGCAUCAUAUCCCCAUGCCCUGCGACUGGAAUCAGUGGAACUGUGUGCCCCUGUAAAGCCGGUCCCCCACACACAGGAGCACUGGUGACUGGAGGAGCCGAUGAGUAGACAGAGAAAGAGCAAAUUAGAACCAGCUGUAAAGGAGGUCACAUCGUGGGGCUCUGGGGAAGCAGUGUGAACGGUCAUCAGGACCACUGUGGUCCCUGCACUCAAAUUACCCUUCAGAUCCAGUAGACUGGGCAUGGCGAGACCUCUCUGUAGGGGGCCAUUGGCCUUGUUCCCUUCCUUCCGAUUCUAGAUUUCGGUGACACUUUUUCUUUCUACCUGUGUGAUUCCCUACUGCUUCUCCUAGAACCCUGGUCUCCCACAUUGAUUAUUACCAAUGGCAGAUAUCUCUAGUUAUGUCAAGAUGUGGCUUUAUCUUGUGAUGGUAUUUUCUUCCCUCUUUUCCUAGAACCCCUUUACUUAGUGGUUAAGGUAUGACCUGCCUCUUAACUACAUACUUUUUAGAGAUCCCUUUGCCAAUGUUCUUGGGUCUUUUUAAUAAUCAUGUUGAUAUACUCCAUGUACAAAUAUGUGGUAGCAAGUGGAUACUAUACCUGGGAGAUUUAUUUUUUAAAAUUUAAAAAAAUUGGUUACUGUAAUGAAAAGCUGAUAAACACAAUUAUUAUUAAAUGGAGAUUUAAUUUUAAAAAUAAAUUUAUAAAUUAAAUGGAGAAUUAAUUUUUAAAAUAAGUUUAUUUUUUGUAUGUAGCAUAUACAACUUGAUUUUGUGGAAUACAUGUAUACAUAUUUAUGUCUGUGGAUUGUAGUAAACAAAGAACAGACCCAUUAUGUCACAAAGUUACCCA